AUUGAUGACCGUGUGCCUUCAGCGUCUAUGACUCCAUGCACACGGCCUGCCUGCAGAACAGAGUCACACAUCAGGAACGACCACUCAGAGAGAAUCUGCUUCUGGUUCAGAGCUCAAGAUGUUCCCAUGGCGAUGGCUGGCUCUGCUGGCUCUCAUCCCGCUUGCCCUGAGCGCCAAUGCGGGGGUCAAGGUCAAACUGACACAGAAAGGACUUGAUUUCGGCAGAGAACUUUUUGUGGCAUCUCUGCAGGAGAAACUGAUGACCGUCAAGGUGCCAGAUAUCUCGGGGACAGAGCGGGUAGAUCCCAUCGGCAAGGUGCACUACAGUUUGACCGAAAUGAGUAUUGUGAAGCUGGGUCUACCCAGCUCGGCAAUAGGUCUGGUGCCAGGGACGGGCUUCACCCUGACCAUCACUAACGCCUUUCUCAGCCUCCAUGGGAGGUGGAGGGUGAAGUACUUGAGAUUCAUAAAGGACAGAGGCUCCUUCGACCUGGCCAUCAAGUCCCUGAGCAUCACCACCAGUAUCUCCCUCCGCAGCGACGAGACGGGCCGCCCGGCCGUGGCGGUGGCCAGCUGCGCCACCACACUGGGGGGGGUUAGCAUCAAGUUCCACGGAGGUGCCAGCUGGCUGUACAAUCUUUUCACCCGCUUUAUUGAAAAAGGAUUGUGCAGCUCAUUGCAGAAACAGAUAUGCCCUCUGGUGGCAGAAUCGGUAUCUAGCAUGAACCAAUUCCUGAAGACCCUCAACGUUCUGGCCCCGUUGGACCGCUAUGCAGAGAUUGCGUAUCCCAUGGUGUCCUCCCCGGAGAUUUCAAACUCCUCCAUAGGAUUAAACCUGAAGGGUGAGUUCUACAACAUCGGCCACCACAUGGAGCCCCCCUUCUCCCCCGCUCCCUUCUUCCUCCCCAACCAGGAGCAGAGCAUGCUCUACAUCGGCCUGUCCGUCUUCACCGCCAACUCCGCCAGCUUUGUGUAUAACAAGGCCGGCACCCUGAGCCUCAACAUCACCGAUGACAUGAUUCCUCCAAGUUCUCCUUUUCGUCUGACCACCAGAACGUUUGGAGCGUUCAUUCCACAGAUCGCCAAGCUGUUCCCAGGUCUGAUGAUGGUGCUCCAGUUGAAUAUGGCGAAGGAUCCCCUCUUCAACAUAGAGGCCAACAAUGUGACUGUGGACGCCAUCAGCUCCCUGACAGCCUACGCCAUCCUCGCUAACACCUCUCUCGCCCCCCUUUUCGUGCUCAACGUGGAUUCUAGUGUCGGCGCACGUGUCAACGUGGUCGGGAAUAAACUGGCGGGAGCGGUCAACUUAAACAAGUUGGACAUGUCCCUGGGGAAAAGCUAUGUUGGGGACUUCCAGGUCGGACCCCUUCAUAACAUCUUCCAAAUUGUCCUGAAAGUGGCGGUGUUACCCAGAGUUAACGUGAGACUAAAGGAGGGCUUUCCUCUACCCAGCCUGGGGAAAAUCAACCUGACAAACACCCAGCUGCAAGUCCUGAAGGGCUACAUACUGAUCGGGACAGACCUCCAGAUUUCAGGAUGAAAGUUCCUGAAAACCAACAGAUCACUCCAGACAUCUGUCCGAGAACAAGGCAGAAAUUAAACCUUGAAUUCACAUUUUCUUCUGGGGUCAAUAGGCAUACCAUUUUAAGUUAGUAAUCACUUUCCUUGAUAUGGUUUGAGGGCUUGUUUAAAUUAUGACACAAAUUUGUAGUUUUCUAUGUUUUUUUAAUGCACACCGUAAACAUAGACAUUCAUGCAUAAACAUAAACACCAACAAAAGCAUUUUUCCUUUAAAUGUAUGAAUGCUUCAAUAAGAAAACAUUAAAUACAUUUGCUUUCAACAAUACUUUUUGUCCUAGAUGGCUACAUCUUGUGUGGAUAUUAGGGUUCUAGAAGCUUCUGUGUCGAGCUGGCCAAUCAGAUUAUCCUGUUGUACUGGUUGGUCACUUAUGCCGCUUUUCCACUGCAUGGUACCAGCUCGACACGACUCGACUCAGCUCGCAUUUUUUGCGUUUCCACCGCGAAAACAUGGUAUCUGGUACCUGAAGUGGCUGCUUUUUUUAGUACCGCCUCGCUCUAGGUUCCAAGCGAGCUGAGCCGAUGCUAAAAGGUGACGUCGGCAGACGGCCGGCCACUGAUUGGCCAGAGAGUGUGACGAAGUCACGAGAGCGACAUGGCAACCAUGCUGGUAACAGCCAUAGCAGCGCCGCAGCCAACAUAUUCCACUUCUUCAACUUCUUCAACAUGCCAGCUAAUAAUAGUAAUGUUAUCGAUGUCCUCCAUUGUUGUUAUGUGGGUUCUGUCCGUGGGUUGCGUAGGUGUUGUUUGCGUCGCGUACAAAAAUACGUCACGGCCCUUUCGCGCAGCCGACCCCGCCCACGUCCAGGAGGUACUAUUUGCGGUGGAAAACGACCCAUGCUGCUACCGUGUCGAGUCGAGCUACAUGUGCGAUGGAAAAGCGGCAUGAGAGAACCGAGGCUCAGAGCACGCCCCCGCAGACUCUGGGAGUUUGCCGACGUUAUCUAGAAAGGGCCAGGCACAAAAGACAAAACACUAGCAAUUACAAACAAGUGCCAUCUAAUUAUAACCUACAUUAACAGUCAAAAGAGACAUUUAAUAGUUACGUACAGUCUCAAAUUAAAAAAAUGUUGUCAAGAAGAGAAUAUCAAGCAUGUUUUAGUUCUAUUGCAAUGAACCCGAGAGCGAAGCACACCUUCCCUAGUACGUAGUCUCCAGCUUUGGCCUCGGCCAUACAAAUUCAAUUCAUUUUAUUUGUAUAGCCCUUAAUCACCAUUACAGUCUCAAAUACCAGAGUCCAGAGAACUGUCCCUCCCCUCCCGGAGGAAAAUCACCUUCACGUUCCCGUCGCUCCUGCCACACAAGUCCUGGGCCGAUCUCUUACUAGCCUGAAAAAAGAUACAAACAUCGGCUAACACCAGAUGUCGGCAUGAAUAUGGCGGAUAAUAACUUUUUUAGUGGUAUUUUAUCAAGAAAUAGCAACAAGUCCGCAAAAUUUUACGACCGUAUAGGUCGUUUGUACUGCCACGGAUUACGACCCACUGGAGCGUAUCAAGCGCCUCUACAGGUCGCGGGAGGUAUGUAUGCCACAUAUAUGACCAACAGGGCAUUUGGUGAAAUUGUUACGUAGCCAUAUUGAUCGUUAUUAUCUGAAUGGGAAAUAAUAAUAAUAAUAAUAAAUUCAAUUUAUAUAGCGCCUUUCAAGGUACCCAAGGUCGCUUAAUGCAAUAUUUUAGGACAGAUACACCAUUAAACGUGUUUCUAAUGACAUUUCUAGCGAGAAAUGUACAUUUUCCUUGCAUAAUCUUCACUCAGUGAAUGUGUAUGAUCUUUAUUAAUCUUUAUUAUCUGAAUGGGAAAUGCAAUAUUUUAGGAUCGAUUCACCGUUAAACGUGUUUCUAAUAACAUUUCUAGCGAGAAAUAUACUUUUUACUUGCAUAAUCUUCAGUCAGUGAUUGUGUCUGAUCUUUAGUUUUAUAGUUAUUAGGAAGAUUUAAUCGGCUCGCUCGCAUGUUUCAACGACGUCAGGUUGCGAGGGACGCUGCUUUCGCUAAACUAGCAGCUCACGUGUUUCCUGUGUUUGUGUUAUUAAACCGUUACUUUAUGUAACUUUUAAUGAUAUUGUAAUAACCACAGGCGAGGUAUUGAGCGAAGUAAGCUUGAUAGCAGGUUUAUUGGAUUCCACAAUCGGACAGGCAGGCACAGCUCCACCGGAAAACUACAACAACCAAAACUCCCGCCCGGAGGGAAACCCCCGGAACCCCCUCUCAGAAGGCCCGCCCCUUCCUCCCAAACCCUGUGACGUGAAACACGUUUAUCUGAGAGCCAACCCAGUCGCAUUUCAACAUGAAAUAGCGUGUUAGCGCGCACACGCACACACACACACACACACACACACACAGCAUUUCGCUGCUAAAACAACAACUUGGGCUGCUUCUAGGACAUUUUGGGUGGAUUUGGAACGGUAUGUGGGCAGGACGAUUUUUGCAGGCAGGACCUGGCAACCCUGCGCUGUUGCCCGAGGUGCAGAAAUGCUCUGGAACAGAUCUGGAUCCACCAUGGCCAAAAUAAUUGUCAUGAAUAGCAUGAAUAGAUUCAUGCAUUAUCAUUCAACUUUAACAUGUGUUUUUACAGUAUAUAGUGGUGGAGGGAUGACGUAUGUUGGCCAACCAGGAAGUGAGCGUCGACCUGGGUUUCCCUUGACAAAAAGCCAACGGGUUUUUCCAUUGGAUUUUGGAUUAUUGCAGAAAAAUUAGCAUCUUUGAAGCACCUCCACAAAAACUGAAAAUAAAUAAAUAAAUAAAAAUAACUGUGCUCCAAAGAACGAAAUGUAAACCAAUGCAUUCUGAAUGGGAGUGUUUCUCCGAUUUUUCCAUGCUACACAGAACGAAAUGUAAACCCAUGCAAAUAAAGACUUCAUGGUCAUAAUAAUUUAAAUAUCAUUAUUCUCCUCAGUGUGUAGGGUGGUAUUCUAUUUUUUUCAACGGGGUUGCAUCCAGUCACUUGACCGUCAUGGUUGCUAUGGUGGUUGCUAUCGACCCGCCCCUCUAAUCCUUACAUGGCUCUAAAAACCACGCGGCAAAGGAGCUGCCGUCCAUUGUGUUGUUUUUGUCGUAAAAUAGGGUCCGAUGGUUAAAAAAUAGACAGAUAUUCCAAGGUAUCCUUAAAAGGCAGCUUGGUUGUUUUUAUUUUCUGCAGUUUAGACUUCUUCUAUAACCUAUUUUUGAAAGCAAAACACCAAGCUCAAUGAUUUAACGAGGCAGGGUUAUUUGAAACAAUUUAUUAAAUAUAUAUUUGCGAGAGGUCAUUCCUUCUCCUGAGUUUGCUUCCUAUUUAUGUCUAGUGUACAACCCUACUGUCCACAAGCAUCAC